AUUUGAUUUUUUUUUUUUUUAAAUUGAUUAUUUUAUUUACUUCGAAAAUAUAGCUUUUGGCAAAAUUAAAAACAACUUAAAGCAAACAUAAUUAAUAAUGGCGGGCAGUAAACUUUCCCAACUCUUUGAAACAGAAAAGAAAUUUCCUGUCACGCAGCCAAAGUUUAUAUUGAUUGGAGCUAGUUUACCACGCACAGGAACCCAAUCUCUGAUGGUUGCUUUGCAAAUUCUUUUACAGGGAAAAGUGAUGCACAUGAUACAUAUAGGCCAAUAUGAGAAUCAGUUUUUGAAAAUAUUCAGCGGGGAUGCAACCGAUAACGAGUUCAAAAAUUUUUUUUUAGAAAAUGGUUUUUUAGCUGCAGUUGACGCUCCGUUUUGUUAUCAUUACAAGCAAGCUAUGCGUGCUUUUCCUGAAGCCAAAGUUCUAUUAACUACCAGAGAUCCAAUAAAAUGGAGCCAAUCUGUGAGAGAGAAUGUGUACAAAAUUUGGUACGUUUUAAACAGCUUUCCAACUAAUGUUUUUCACUUUAAAAUAUUUGAUCAGUACUUGUGGCCUACUUCAUAUAUGGGUAAAAAAUUUAGUCACCUCUGGCAUUUUAUGGACAAAGUUAGAAAAGGAGAAGAAAUAUCUUAUUUUAACGAUUACAAUAAGGAGGUUAAAAAGGCUGUACCAGUAGAGAGGUUGCUUGAGUAUAAUGUUGCUGAGGGAUGGGAACCACUAUGUUCGUUUUUAAAUGUUCCGAUUCCAAACUGCAAGUUUCCUCAUCUUAACGAAUCAAAAGAUUUUCAGUUAAUAAUUCUUUCCAUAAAAAUUCGAUCCUGGAUUUUGUUUGCACAAUUAAUAACUUUACCAUUAUGCAUUGGAGGAUUUAUUUAUAUUUUAAAACAAUAAUUUCGCAUAGAAAUAAAUAAUUUUUACAAA